CCCACGUUAAUAAAAGUGUGUCGUUUAAUUAAGGCUAACGUUUCUUCACAUAAUAUAACACCGCACUGAAGGCCGCAAGCCUGAUGUAUCUGGAGAUUUUCAUUACACCCCCGCAAUGUAAUUAAUAAGACAACAAUAUUGGUGCGCAGUGCCCGUGGUUUGGAAUGCGAAUGGCAAACCCAUGCGGCUAAUGUACAAAGCCACUAAUAAACAAUAUGGAAAUAGAGGGACCCAGAUGGCCCCUGAGGGCCAGACCAUUCUGACACAAUCACAAUCACAGUGCAUUAAUGAACACAGAACGCUUCUUCUUCUCUGAAAUGUGAGAGAGAACACCAAACCGGAUUACAUAGAGAGAGCAGACAGAGCCCAAAGCCAAGUCCUUCAGCACUUUGGGGAAAUGGUUCUGAACCGGAGAGAGGAUACACUGCGGCCUCCUAUACAUUACAGACAGAAGGUUAUUGCUGAUAUAGAGAGGCUUUGAGAGCUAUUAUCAGGCAGCACAAACAAUUAUGGGUGUUGAUAAUGAGAGAAUGAGAGCGGCCUUUGUGGGCGGGGGUCUCUGUAGAGGGAGCCCCUCUAGUGUGAAUAGAGCCAGGAACACUGUGACUCCUCCCUCUGGCUGGUGUGGCCGUGUAGUCAUUAGCUUGUGAUAAGACAGGACAACAAGGAGGCAGGGAGGAGGAGAGGGGGAUGUUUACUGGAACAGAGCUGGCUCUGACUGGAAUAUAGGAGGAAAGCAGUGAAUCUCAACCUAAUGCUCAGCUGCAUCUGCUAGCCCUAUGAGUGCAGCCAGGCAUUCUCUUGUGUUCCUGCCCUGCAUGAGCGAUCAUGGGGUCCGCCCCCGACCCUGGGCUGCUGGGUCAACGGGGCAUCUCACUAUUCCGACACGUUUCGGAAGUGGCGGAGGCCAGGGAUUGUCUCUGGCCAGCAGGGAAGAUGGAGAGACACCAGGAAGGACAAAAGGAGGAGAGGAUGAGCGUGAGGGCGGAGGCCUCCGUCUCUUUCAUUGAGAGGAGCCGUCUAGACAUCAAUGUUCCACACGAGAGCAGGGCCUCUUUUAAAGAUGACUUUGAGAAACUCUUUGCUGGGAAAAUAUAGGUGGGGGUCAGAGUCAGUGAUCCGUGGGAUUGAAAUAGACCCUGACCUUAGUGGUAUAACAAGAUGUAGGUUCACUGACGACAGUCAUUAUCAUUUGUUUACAUGUGACACCAUGCACUGUCUCUAUGCACUGCUAAAUAAUAAUAACUGCUGUUGGAUUGAACGAUUUUCAUAUGGCAUGUUUGAGUUACAGGGAAUUACAAGAUAAUACUUUUUUCUAGAUUUUAAUGACAGCACCCUUUUAGACAGCAACGUUUUAAUUGUAUUUUUGUAAAAUAUAAACUGUAAUGACUUUUAACCAGACCUGGGUUCAAAUAAAUGUGUGUUUCAUUAUUUGUUAUUUAAGUACUUAUUUUUUGUGUUUUUCAGUAUUUUCAAAUAAUAUGGUCAAAAUCAACUACUUCUAUUGGAAGUUUUUGAAAGCAUGUUCAAAUAAUGCCCUAUAAAGCCAACUAUUUGAACAUAUUUUCAAAUAAUUAUUUCCAAACACACUAUUUCAAAUACUCCUAGGACCUGGGUUCAAAUGCAUGGGAGUAUUUAUUUGUAUUUUCAAAUCCAUGCCAAUAUUAAACUACUUGUAUUUUCAAAUAAAAAUAUAUGUAAAAGUAAUUUGAAUAAUGUAAAUAGUAUUUGGACCCAGCUAUACUUUCAACAUCUACAUGAAUCUCAAAUCACAUUCUGUGGUCACUGGUACAAAGCUAUGAAAAUAUAAUGUUUAUGGCAAUGUUUGUUCUAUGUACAGUGUGUGUGUCUUCUCCACCACAAAUUGACAGUGUGUGUGCGUCUGUGUGCCUUCACGUGCAUUUGUGUCUGUUCUUCAUGGUGUCCCUUCCUCUCCACAGCAGCUGUACAGGGAGCAGGUGGGGGGUCAGGAGAGGAGAAGGGUUAGGGUCAGGGUUAGGGUUAGGGCCACGGCUCUGUUUUGAACACAUACUUACUGGUUCUUUAAUAAAUCUUUGACCCCCCUUGGGGUCAUAUAUCCCGAAACAACUGUGCAGCCCUGCCACCCACAGUGCCUGCUGCCUGGCUGUCACAGUCACAGUCACAGAGAGGAGAGACUCUGUCACCCACCAACUGCACUCUACCCAAUACCCUUGAGCCCUCAUAUAAUUAGUGGUGGUAUGGUACCAAGUGGUUCUCUCUCUUUUAACCCCUGCUCCUUUACUGUAUGUUGUCACGCCUUGACCUUAGAGAUCCUUUUUAUGUCUCUAUUUUGGUUGGUCAGGGCAUGAGUUUGGGUGGGCAUUCUAUGUCUGGUGUUCUACGUUGUUCUAUGUUUUGUAUUUCUAUGUGUUUGGCCUGGUAUGGUUCCCAAUCAGAGGCAGCUGUCUAUCGUUGUCUCUGAUUGAGAACCAUACUUAGGUAUCCUCAUCCCACCUGUGUUUUGUGGGUUGUUAUUUUCUGUUUAGUGUUGGUUGCACCUUGCAGAACUGUUUCGGCUAUUAUUUUUUGUUAUUUUGUAUUCAGUGUUCAUUCGGUUAAGCUAAUAAAGAUGAACACGUACCCCGCUGCAUUUUGGUCUGACGAUUCCUCUUCUUCUUUCGAUGAAUGCCGUGACAGAACCACCCACCACAAACGUACCAAGCAGCGGGGUAACAGGGAGCAGUGUGGAAUGGACUCCUGGGCAUGGGAGGAAAUAUUGGACGGCAAGGGACCCUGGGCGCAGCCAGGAGAGUAUCGCCGCCCGAAAGAGGAGCUGGAGGCAGCUAGAGCGGAGCGGCGACACUAUGAGGAAUUGGCUCGAGGUAAUGUGCACGAGAGGCAGCCCCAGAAUGUUUUUGGGAGGAGGCACACGGGGAGAUUGGUGGAGUCAGGUAGGAGACCUGAGCCAACUCCCCGUGCUUACUGUGGCGAGAGAGUGACCGGGCAGGCACCGUGUUAUGCGGUGAAGCGCACGGUGUCCCCAGUGUGCAUGCGUAGCCCGGUGCGCUACAUCGCAGCUCCUCGCAUCGGCCGGGCUAGAGUGGGCAUCGAGCCAGGACGGAUGAUGCCGGCUCAGCGCAUCUGGUCUCCAGUGCGUCUCCUCGGCCCGGGUUAUCCUGCGCCAGCUCUGCGCACUGUGUCUCCAGUGCGUCUGCAUAGCCCAGUGCGUCCUGUGCCUGCGCCCCGCACGUGCAGGGCCAAAGUCACCAUACAGCCAGGACGGGUUGUGCAGGCUCGUUGCUCGAGACCUCCAGUGCGCCUCCACGACCCAGUGUAUCCGGUGCCUCGACCAAGGACAAGGCCUCCUGCAUGUCUCCCCAGCCUGGUGUCCUGUGCCUGUGCUAAGCCCUAACCCUCCUGCAUGUCUCCCCAGCCUGGUGAGUCCUGUGCCUGCUCCCAGAGCCAGGCCUCCUGUGUGUCUCUCCACUCCAGUGAUAAUCCAUGGCAAGAAGCCUCCAGUGAUGAUCCAUGGCAAGAAGCCUCCAGUGAUGAUCCAUGGCACGAAGCCUCCAGUGAUGAUCCAUGGCACGAAGCCUCCAGUGAUGAUCCAUGGCACGAAGCCUCCAGUGAUGAUCCAUGACACGAAGCCUCCAGUGAUGAUCCAUGGCAUGAAGCCUCCAGUGAUGAUCCAUGGCACGAAGCCUCCAGUGAUGAUCCAUGGCACGAAGCCUCCAGUGAUGAUCCAUGGCACGAAGCCUCCAGUGAUGAUCCAUGGCACGAAGCCUCCAGUGAUGAUCCAUGGCACGAAGCCUCCAGUGAGGAUCCAUGGCACGAAGCCUCCAGUGAGGAGUUAUGGCACGAGGCCUCCAGCUACGCCCUCUAGUCCGGAGCCUCCAGCGACGCCUUCUAGUCCGGAGCGUCCAGCGUCGCCCUCUAGUCCGGAGCCUCCAGCGUCGCCCUCUAGUUCGGAGCCUCCAGCGUCACCCUCUAGUCCGGAGCCUCCAGCAACGCCCUCUAGUCCGGAGCCUCCAGCGACACCCUCUAGUCCGGAGCCUCCAGCAACGCCCUCUAGUCCGGAGCCUCCAGCAACGCCCUCUAGUCCGGAGCCUCCAGCGACACCCUCUAGUCCGGAGCCUCCAGCGACGGGUUUCAGUCCGGAGCAGCCAGUCUCCCUCCUGUCCGGAGCAGCUAGAGUCUCCCUCCUGUCCGGAGCAGCCAGAGUCUCCCUCCUAUCCGGGGUCGGCGGUAAGGGUCCCCGCUCCAGAGGCGCCACCUAAGUGGGCCAAGACUAAGGUGGAGCAGGGUCCACGUCCCGCACCAGAGCCGCCACCGCGGUGAAAUGCCCACCCAGACGCUUACCUAUAGGUUCAGGUUUUGCGGCCGGAGUCCGCACCUUUGGGGGGGGUGGGGUACUGUCACGCCUUGACCUUAGAGAUCCUUUUUAUGUCUCUAUUUUGGUUGGUCAGGGCGUGAGUUUGGGUGGGCAUUCUAUGUCUGGUGUUCUAUGUUCUAUGUUUUGUAUUUCUAUGUGUUUGGCCUGGUGUGGUUCUCAAUCAGAGGCAGCUGUCUAUCGUUGUCUCUGAUUGAGAACCAUACUUAGGUAUCCUCAUCCCACCUGUGUUUUGUGGGUUGUUAUUUUCUGUUUAGUGUUGGUUGCACCUUGCAGAACUGUUUCGGCUAUUAUUUUUUGUUAUUUUGUAUUCAGUGUUCAUUCGGUUAAGCUAAUAAAGAUGAACACGUACCCCGCUGCAUUUUGGUCUGACGAUUCCUCUUCUUCUUUCGAUGAAUGCCGUGACACAUGUUGAGUGGAACUGGACAACCAUCUGCUCUCCUAUAAAAAUGUGGGUAUUUACACUUAUGCAUACUGUGUACUGUAAUGUAUUGUUAUACAGUGAGGCCAUAUAUCUUUCCCAGCAUGAUUAUAUAGCACCACAGCACUGUUUAUGCUAUUUGUUUGCCUAAUUCAAUGAUUCCGUACUAUUAUAAUGGUCUUACAUUUAGUCACAU